AUGUCCGUACCGAGUGGGGAUAACAGUUGUGUUGGUGAGUAUCCGUGCUCUUCGACACCCCGUGUGAGUCAUCCGCAUACACUCAACCAUCAUUCAAAUGGCAAUCAGCAUCAUCAUCAUCCGCAACAACAACAACACUUGGGAUUGUUGGUUUGUCGACCUGAAUCAAACGAGUGCCCAUUGACUGACAGUUCCUCGGGACAAUUACCCUUUCAUACCAAUGCGGAUGGCAAUACAAUCGCGACCACUAGCACGGUCACGACUUGUAAUGCGACUGUCUCCUCCACAUCCGCGCUAUCCCCGUCCCAGGACCGUGGUGCUGACAAUCAAGGUCAUCUGUUCUACUCCUCGGUGCCUACGUGUGCCGCGUACGCGAGCGGCGGAGAUUCCCAUUUCAACCGAGAAAGUGAGGAAGAUCCGACCAUUGUGGGAAAAUCAAAUCCAGGUCAACCCCUAUCUAUUCUACCUCCUAGUUUCCAAAUUAAGCAAGAGAACAAUCUUUCCCCUCCUACACGGAGUAUGUCUGUCCACUCUUUGCCCGGUUCGUUGAUUUCUCCCUAUCAGCUAGGUUCCACGAGUGCCACCAACACUCAUUCCAGAUUGGAUCCAUUUAUCCUUGGCAAACGAGAACUUGAGGAUGACUCGGAUGUAGUGCGACAGGACGACUCAGAUUUGUCACACUUAUCUUAUUCCGGGAAUAAUCACAAUGUGUCUCUCUCGCAAAACCCACAUACAAUGGGCUACGUCACGUGCUCCUCAUACGAUCCGCAUCGAUCCACCGUUCUCUCCCAAUCGCAUUUGAUUGGCACUUGUCUCCUCCCAGAUUCCUCCUCCCACAUGUCCCUUUUCCCAGGUCAUAAUACAACCCUUUCCCCGCUGCCUUUAACGGUUGCCACCUGUGCGAAUACAACCAAUGCAACUCAGGGCCCCAGUGGUGCUGCUGUACAUCGGACUAUGAUGAGCGGUACACAUCUGGAUAUAAACUCAGGCGCACUCAUGCAUCUCGAUUCACCCGGUUCCACUACACAGCAUUUGACUCCAUUCGACGCAAGUGGAGGAGGAGGAGACGCAGGAUUUGCUUGUCUAUUACCACCCUCAUCCACUCUGUCUUGUACUACUACCUCUUCCGUGACAGCAAUUACAGAUUUGGCCAGUAAACGUGCCAGUUCACAUGGUAACGGAAUGUGUAUCAAUCCCGGGCCGUGUGAUCUGUCCGCUCCAAACGUGCCAAUCGGUCUCAGUCCGCGGUCUAAAGCUCGUCGCUACUCGUACCCAUAUGAACCGAUCGGGCUGGGCAAGUCGUUCACAAAAGAAUUUCAAUUGCCCGGACAAGAUCGGUCCAAUCAUAACUGCUCAUCGCCGGGCCUGUUUCGGGUGAUUGGGUGCAAUAGUGGCAAUAAUAGUAAUAAUAGUCAUCAUAAUAACAGUGGGAAUGUAAAUAACUAUCAUUCAGCUGGUUUGGGAUCAUCCUCAUGCGCUGGUGAUGUCGGAUCGACUGCGAUGGGUGUGAAUGGCAGUGGUCGAACCCUGUCCACUCCAAUGUCCUCAUGUGGUGGUGAGGAUGUGCAUCAAUCGGGCAGUUUAAUGGGUGAACAUAUGCACGACCAGAAACCGUAUAUACCACGUGAUGGUGAUGUUGCAUUGCCCGGUUUCAGUAGUCCGGAAUCGGCAUUUUAUCAAUACCAAAAUCGCAUGGAAGGUCAACGUUGCCAAGUGUGUGGUGAACUGGCCGCCGGAUUUCAUCAUGGUGCCUAUGUGUGCGAAGCUUGCAAGAUAGAGCUCAUCAGUAGUGGCGCAUAUCCACCGUCCCGUCUGGGCUUUGAACUUCGGACCGAUCGCGAGGAGGGCAAAUUUUUUAUGCGACACUCGUUGACCGAUACAAAACCGACCAAUGUGUGCCCGACCGGGGGCAAUUGUGUAGUGGCCAAAGGCAGUCGGGGCAAAUGUCAAAUUUGUCGCUAUCGUAAAUGCCUGUAUGUGGGUAUGAAAAUGAAAGAUCCGGACUCUCAACCAGAGCUCGAUAUUUCCAACAUUCCAUGUCGUGUUUGCGGUGGUCGCUCUUCUGGAUUUCAUUUUGGUGCACUCACGUGCGAAGGUUGCAAGGGGUUUUUUCGUCGAACCGAGGGUUCCGCCGGAUCCCUUGUCUGUGUCGGUGGCCAGAACGCAUGCACAAUCACUCCGCGCAGUCGUAACGCAUGCAAAAGCUGUCGAUUUCGGCGCUGUAUUGCUGCAGGCAUGUCCAAGAAAGAGGAGGAGGAGGAGGAGGGAUAG